AUGACAGCCGAUUCCCUUGAACAUAGUCCGCCCGCCAUCCCGACAUCCUCCACUCAAACUUCAGAACCAACUUCUUUAGACCAAGAUGACUUGUCCAUCCUAUUAGAAGAUCUAUGUAUGCCCAUUGCAAUCGUCGGGGUGGGCUUCAGAGGGCCUGGCCGUGCCACCAAUGUCAAGGAAUUAUGGACGAUGAUUCUCGAAGGGCGGGAAGCGUGGAGUCCGAUUCCAAAGUUACGAUGGAAUAACGAUGCCUUUUAUCAUCCGGACCACUCACGACAUGGAACAAUCAACGUUGAAGGCGGACAUUUCCUAGCAGAAGAUGUGACAUUGUUCGAUGCACCAUUCUUCAACAUGACAAGCGACGAGGCGGCCGCGAUGGACCCUCAGCAGCGGCUGUUACUUGAGGUUACUUACGAAGGCUUCGAAAAUGCUGGUAUCCCGAUGGCAAAGAUUAUGGGCAGUUCAACAGCCUGCUUUGUUGGUUGUUUCAACACCGACUACACCGACCUUCUCCUCCGCGAUCCUGACUGCAUUCCAAUGUAUCAGUGCACAAACUCGGGGCAGUCCAGAGCCAUGAUGGCGAACCGAGUGUCGUACUUCUUCGACAUGAAAGGCCCUAGUGUUACAGUUGAUACCGCCUGUUCGGGUAGUUUAACAGCUCUCCAUCUGGCAUGUCAAAGUCUUCGGACCGGUGAUGCCUCCAUGGCCGUCGCAGCGGGAGUCAAUGUGAUUCUUAGCCACGAGUUCAUGUCGACGAUGACUAUGAUGAAGUUUCUCUCCACGGAUGGACGAUGCCAUACGUUCGACGAAAAUGCCAGCGGAUACGCCCGAGGCGAGGGUAUUGGGUGUUUGAUCCUUAAGCCGCUAAGAGAUGCCAUUCAAGACCACGACCCCAUUCGCGCCAUAAUCCGAGGCUCUGGGUUGAACCAAGACGGCAGAACCCCCGGAAUUACCUUACCGAGUGGCGCAUCGCAAGAAGCUCUGAUGCGUCAUGUCUACAAGGUGGCUGGCCUCGAGCCAUGCGAGACCGACUUCGUCGAAGCCCACGGUACUGGAACUCAGGCAGGCGACCAUAUCGAAACGGCAGCUCUCGCAAAGGUAUUUUGCCAUAACCGAAGUCCCAUGCGGCCCCUACGAGUCGGGUCCAUCAAAACCAACGUUGGCCAUCUCGAGGGCACGAGCGGAGUUGCUGGCGUUAUUAAAGCCGUCCUGAUGCUCGAGAAUCGGACCUUUCUUCCCAACCGCAAUUUUCGAGUGGUCAACCCUCGUAUCCGAUGCGAAGACUGGAAACUAAAGAUACAAUUAUCUGCGGAGCCGUGGGAAUACCCGGGUCCACAUCGCGUUUCUGUGAACAGCUUCGGAUAUGGGGGGAGUAACGCGCAUGCCAUACUCGAAGAUGCAUCAGGCUAUCUUUACAGUCGUGGACUGAGACGUAUAGUGCGAUACGGCGAGCAUGCUAUCGAUGCCAACCAAGCUUGCCCUACACGAUCUCGAGUCUACAUGUUCUCUGGGUUUGAUGAGAGGUCCACCACAAGGCAGCUUCAAAACUUUCGAGAAUAUCUCCUCAAGGAGAGAUCUGAAGCAGAUGACAGAUACAUGAGUAACCUAGCUUAUACGUUGAACGAACGCCGUACGAUCCAUGCCUGCCGAGCUGCCAUUGUGGGAACCUCCCCUGCGACACUAGCAGAAGCAUUAUCUGAUCGGAUGAAAAUGGUUAAAGCUCGUCGGCGACCAAGUAUCGGUUUCAUAUUCACGGGACAAGGUGCACAGUGGGCUGGAAUGGGAAAGGAGCUACUUGAGGCAUACCCGGUAUUCCACGAGUCAAUCCAAAGAAUCGAUGACUAUAUGAAAUCCAUUGGUGCUCCUUACUGUAUGGUGGAAGAGAUCCUGAAGAAUCAAGAAGCCUCGCGGUUAAGCAACCCCCUUUUUAGCCAGCCCAUAUGUUCUGCCCUUCAAAUAGCCCUGGUUGAUCUACUGGCAUCUUGGGGAAUACAUCCAGACUCGGUGACCGGUCACUCUAGCGGGGAAAUUGCCGCUGCAUAUGCGACUGGCGCACUGACCAUGGAGGAUGCCAUGACAGUCGCUUACUACCGAGGAGUGGUUGUCAGUAACUCGCCUUUCGCUAAUGGGCAGAUAAGGGGGGCCAUGCUUGCGCUGGGGGCGUCUGUCCAGGAGAGCCAGUCGUAUCUCGACAUGCUUCAAUCGGGAAAGGCUGUUGUAGCGUGCAUCAAUAGCCCAGUGAGCGUCACGAUUGCCGGAGAUCUCCCUGCUAUUGAUGAAUUAGAGCAGAUCGUCCGCGAAAAGCAAGUGUUUAGCCGCCGGCUGGCAGUAGAAGUUGCAUACCACUCAUACCACAUGGAAUUAGUUAGGGAGCAGUACUUGGGCCAUAUAGCGCAUGUGAGCCCACGGAGCCGUGAGGAUAUUGCCAACUAUCUUCAUAGUCGAUCUGUAUCCUUCUUCUCCUCUGUAACAGGGGCAGAGAUCAACCCAUCCGAAUUAGAUUCACGAUAUUGGGUUAGUAACCUUCUGGGCCAGGUGAAUUUUGUCGAUUCGUUGCGCGCCUUGUGCUUCGAGACAAUUAACCAGCGGGCCCCCGUCAGGACGCUAGGAAACAAGCGAAUAAAGCGAGCCGGUACGGCCCAAAAGGUCAGUGUGGAUGCCCUUGUUGAGGUUGGUCCUCACGCUACACUGGCAGGACCAAUCAAACAGACCUUGCGAGAUGACACGAAACUCAAUGCAGCCGAGAUCUUAUACAUUAGCGUUCUAACCAGGGACAGCCACGCUGUUACAACUGCUCUAACCGCUGCCGCUACAUUAAUGUGUGCCGGAUAUCCUAUGGACUCCCAGGCAAUUAACGAUCCUACAGCUUCCCAGGAACCAAGCGUGCUUGUUGACCUCCCUCCAUAUGCGUGGGGUCACAUCCACUCAUAUUGGGCGGAGCCUCGGAUUAGCAAGGCUUUUCGCAAUCGCAAGCAUGCCCGGACAGAUCUGUUGGGUGCCAUCGAUAGGAUGGCUUGUCCUUUUCAGCCUUUGUGGAGAAACGUUCUUCGCGUGUCUGAAAAUCCCUGGUUAUUGGACCAUAGAAUCGAGUCUAAUAUUGUAUAUCCUGCUGCUGGGUAUGUUGUCAUGGCGAUAGAGGCAUUCCUACAGCAUGUGUUCAACGAUACCACCGCCGAUCAGAUACCCACAGUCUAUAUUCGUGAUAUAUCGAUACAAUCGGCUCUAGUUCUUCACGAGACAGCGGCUGUAGAGACCCUACUCAUACUCAGUCAAUGCGAGAGCAAUUCUCGCGGCUCCUACCAGGCUCACAAGUUUCAUAUUUACUCAGUCACGCAGGAAAACAUAUGGACAGAGCAUUGUAAUGGUUUGAUUGGAGCACAAAAUAGCGAUUGGGCCGCAUCCGAGCUUGAAUUUGAGCAAGCAGCUCAAGACGACUUUACUUCCCUCGACAUCCAAUUGUUUUACAAGAACCUAGCCAGUGUCGGCCUUGAGUACGGACCAUGUUUCGCUAACAUCAAGCAAGCACGCUUCAAGGACUCAACGUGUGUAGCAGAGGUCAUCACCCCAGAUACUGCUGCGGUGAUGCCCAUGAAUUUCCAGUAUUCCUUUCUGAUACAUCCUUGCACUUUGGACACUAUAAUUCACACAAUCUUCAUCAAUACGAAUGCAAUCAAUGAUCCUGCUGUUCCUGUUCGGAUCAAUGAGAUGUGCGUGUCGUGCCGCACAGAUUAUGCAGCUGGCAGUAAAUUGAAUGUUGUUACAAAAACACAGCGAACAAGGAAGGGGGAUCUCAUCGCCUCGAUUUCAGUUCUGGAUGAAUCUCGGCGACCGUCAAUUUCUAUUGCAGGUCUACGGUGCAGGCGCCUUGGACCAAGUAUUUCUCCAGACUUAAGGAGAAUGAAGGGCCAGUUGGCAUAUGAGUUGAAAUGGGAUUUGGAUAUCGAUUUGCUGACCGGGUCUGCGUUACCGAGCAUUGUCCCCUCCUGUCAGGAGUCAAAAAAGCAAUAUAGUGGAUCUAACGCUUUAUAUGAAGCAUGCGCGUUAUACUACAUCAAGGAUUACGUUAAACACGUGGAUCAAGCGGUCAUCAAGACGCUUCAGCCUUUCAGGAUAAGACAGCUCGAAUUUUUCAGAGAGAUAGCGACACAGCAAUAUCAGAUUUCCCGCGACGUCCACAGUGACGAUAUCGAGCGAGUAAGAUCUUCCGGCCCUGAGGGUCAUCUUCUCUGCAGUGUGGGGGCAAGUCUGUCUUCUGAUUUGACGAACGAGGCCAGCCUUGGAACGGUUGGUGAACAAUCCAUGUGGGAUGAGUACUGGGAAAAGGUCUACAAUGAUCCGGCAUAUGAAACAGUCUCCAGGUACCUGGACUUGGUCGGCCAUAAGAACCCUAUGAUCUCAAUCCUUGAAAUCGAGGCUAGUACGGGUGGAGCAUCGAAGAGAUUCCUCCAACGGCUCGUCAGGGAAAAGGGUGGCGUUACUCGGUUCACCAAGUAUACCGCAACACACCCAGAUCUACGUCUUCUAGGGCCAACAGGAGAUGAGAUCUGCGCAUGGGACAACUGCGUGGAAAUCAAAGAGCUCGAUGUAGAGGGAGACAUAGAUGCCCAGGGUUUUAUCAUACAGCAAUACGAUGUCGUGAUCGUUGCACAUGGAUUAUACACAGUCAAAUCGAAACAUAAAGCAUUGAGCAAUAUUCAUAGUCUCCUCAAGCCUAAUGGCCAUCUGAUCCUGUGCGAUCCUUUAUUCAAGCCAAAAUUAUCUGAGUAUGUGAUAUUCGCUAAUUCGCCGGGACUGUGGAAGCAAGAUGGUGUUGGAUAUUUCAACAAUGACUUGAUAACCAGUCUUAAGGAUGCCCAGUUCACGGAAUUGCAAGAACUGGGCAGAUCUGGAGAUCAGCAUAUGGUCAUUAUCUCUCGUUCGACAAGACAACAGACUUCGCUCAUGUCAGAAGUUGUUAUUGUAGCAGAGGAAGGCGAGUGUGGUGUACAGAUACCCCAUCUGCGAGACCUUCUUUCUUCAGUAUCGCAGGUUGACACAACCAACCUUGCCCAUCUCAAGCCGCAAAGAAAGGCUUGUGUCGUCCUGAGUAAUCUUCAAGUACCAGUUCUGGCACACCUAAAUCAGUCAACAAUGGAUAUUAUCAAGCGGAUGUUUCUAGAAGCGACCUGCGUCCUUUGGGUGACGCGUGGUGGCACAACCACCCCGGUAAACCCAGAAGCUGGCAUAAUCACUGGCUUUGCACGGACUGCUCGCUCAGAGACGGGAGUAGAGCCUAUUGUCACACUUGAUUUAGAUGCUGACAGUCCACUUUGCGGGUAUCGAGCGGCUGAACUCAUAUACGACCUUGUUUGUCAUCGUAUGUUAGGAGGUAAGUCAGCCGAGUCCGAUACGGAGUAUGCGGAAAGGAGUGGUGCCCUUCUUGUCCCACGGAUUGUGGAGAACCGACAUUUGAAUGAAGCGAUUGCAUCUGUUCAUGAUAUGCAUCUCACAAGCGUUGAAACCUUUCAUCAAGAGAAACGACAUCUGCGAGUGGUGGUGAAUGACAGUAUCCAACCCGAAGAUAUUCAUUUCAUAGAUGACAGCCGGAUUACCACGCUUUCCGAUAUUGAGGUCCGCAUACAAGUCUAUGCCGUCGGAUUGAGUGAGCGAGAUGCGCAGUUAGCAGACAGCCAGGCUUCAGGUUUAACGGAAAUCGGGCUCGGGUGUAGCGGAACGGUACAAGCUGUCGGUAGAGCCGUCCGCAACCUGAUGCCUGGAGAUAGAGUAGCCUGUCUGGGAUCUGGAACAGCAGCCAGUAUCUACCAAGACCGAGAAACUGCAUUUCAAAAAAUACCUUCGGAUAUGUCUUUUGAAACUGCUGCUGCGAUACCCGCAGCUUAUUGCACAGCUUUCCAUGCCGCUCACUGUCUCGCUGAGAUAAAGCCAGGAGAUCGAGUGUUGAUUAGCCCCGCAGCUGGAGCAGUUGGUCAAGCUGCGAUUGAAGUAUGUACUGUAUUAGGUGCACAUGCAUACGCGCUUGUGGGGAGCGUAGCAGACAAAGAACUUUUGGUCUCUUCGUCUCUGUUGCCAGAUGAACGGAUACUUCUCAAUAACGAGUUGUACUUAGAGAAUCUCGUUCGAUUGACCGAUAAUAAAGGGGUAAAGGUGAUAGUCAAUUGUGGUAAAUCUGACAAUCGUACCUUCCGUUCAUUAUGGAGAUGUUUUGGAACAUCAGGCACUUUCAUUCAAUUACAUGCCUGUAACGCACUUGAGAAGCGUAGAUGGGAAGUGCCAGAACUUGACAAAGAUAUCAUUUUUGCGACUAUCGAUAUUGGGAACCUGGUGAAAAACAAUUCUGAAAUGCUGGACGAGGUCUGGGAUCGAGUAGCGCGUCUUCUUCGCCGAGGCACACUCCGUGGUCACUCGUCCCUGACCUCUUAUAGCAUAUCGGAUAUUGCCGAAGCGCUGGAUGUCCUCACGCAAACAGAUCAUCCAGACCCGGUUGUACUCACAGCUGGUAUUGGUGAUACGGUUAAGACUAUCGUCCCUAGGCAACCUGAUAUGCUUCUCCGACCAGAUGUCUCAUACAUGGUUGUCGGGGGACUUGGUGGUAUCGGCCGCGCGACAGCACUCUGGAUGGCAGAUCAUGGAGCAAAAACAAUCGUUUUUGUCAGUAGAAGCGGACUACCAGGAGCAUCGUCCCAAAGAACUGUACAAGGAUUAAACGAGAAGGGAGUUCGAACCAUCAUUCAUGCCUGCGACAUAUCCAAAUGUGAUCAAGUUAAGAAGAUGAUGAACGAUCUUGAAGAAACUGCACCGCCAAUCCAGGGCGUCAUCCAAAGUGCCAUGAUCCUGAGGGACACGCAUAUCGAGAAGAUGACUCUUGGCGACUACACUGCGGUUCUCAAGCCGAAGUACCACGGAACUUGGAACCUCCACCGCUAUCUCCCAUCCCAUCUCGACUGGUUCAUCAUGCUAUCUUCCAUUAGCGGUAUAAUAGGUAACGCGACUCAGGCCGCCUACGCCGCCGGCUCAACAUUUAUGGACUCUUUCGCAGCGUAUCGUAACUCCUUGGGUCUUCCAGCAGUAUCUUUGGAUCUAGGAGUGAUCACAGAUGCGGGCUAUCUAGCCGAGAACAAAGAUCUGGCAUUGAAAAUGGAGCAGCAAGGAUUCCAGGGAACUGACACCAAGACCCUUAUGUCAUUGAUCGAGGUAGCAAUCACGAGCUGCGAGAAAGACAGAACGACCUCCCAAAUUAUUACCGGUCUAGGUCAGUGGAAAGCAACUCGAUCACUGCCCAACUUCGAUGCACCUCUUUUCUCCCACUUUCGUCGACUCCAUCUAGACACGACAGUCAGUUCUCAGACUGAAAUUCCCGAUACGCUGAGACAGGACCUCCAGGCCACGAAAACCCUUGAAGAUGCUACGGCUGUGAUCUAUACAACUUUAAGUGCUCGAGUCGCUACUCAUCUCUCAGUUCCAGUCAAAAGCAUCAACCCUAUUGGCCCAAUAACGGAGUACGGAAUUGAUUCUCAUGUAGCGGUCGAACUUCGUAACUGGAUCUCCAAGCACAUAGAGGGUACUGUGUCUAUUCUGGAAAUCUUAGCUAGUUCAUCCUUGAUGGAGUUGGCAGGAAAGAUAGCAGAGAGGUCUAAUCUAGUUAGGGUUGAGGAGGAGCAGUUAUCGUCGGCGUUCUGA